AUGAGUACCAGUGAAGCGUUGAAGAAUAUAAAGAAUAAGCAGAAGAGGCUGAAGUUAUUUGCUGAUUUGAAACAAGAAAAAAUCAAGGCCCGUCACAAAUUAAGAAAUGAAAGAGCCAAGGAGGAAAGAUCUAAUCCUGAAUUAAAGGAAGAAAGAUUAGCUGCAAAUAUACCAGAGACUAUUGAAAGUAAGAGAGUAUUUGACGAAACUAUCACACAAGAAGUAGAAGGGGAAGACGAAUUUGAUCAAUAUUUCGCUAGUUCACAGGAACCUAAAAUUUUACUCACCACCAACGCAAACGCUAAAAAACCAGCUUAUGAAUUUGCAGAUCUCUUGAUGGAUUUCUUACCCAAUGUGACAUUUGUCAAGCGUAAAAGAGAAUUCAGCAUGCAAGAUAUGGCCAAAUUUUGUAAAAAUAGAGAUUACACCGACCUUGUGGUUAUAAACGAAGAUAAAAAGGUGGUAACUGGUUUAACAUUCAUUCAUUUACCAGAAGGCCCUACAUUUUACUUCUCAGUUACCUCGUUAACAGAAGGAAAGAAGAUCGCUGGCCAUGGUAGGGCUACCGAUCACAUACCUGAAUUGAUAUUGAAUAAUUUCAAUACCAGGUUAGGUAAGACUGUUGGUAGAUUAUUUCAAUCAUUGUUUCCUCAUAAACCUGAAUUCCAAGGUAGACAAGUCAUAACAUUACAUAACCAAAGAGAUUAUAUCUUCUUCAGGAGACAUAGAUAUAUAUUCCGUAAUGAGGAGAAGGUGGGUUUACAGGAAUUAGGUCCCCAGUUCACUCUCAAAUUAAGAAGAUUACAAAAGGGUAUUAAGGAUGAUGUCGAAUGGGAACACAGACCUGAUAUGGAACGUGAUAAGAGAAAGUUCUACUUGUAA